UAUUCGAAUUGUCUUGUACAACCAGUCCUGCUACUGUACUUUGGACUGAAAUUACACCACUGCCAUGUCUGUAGCUUUACGCAUAUUUUCACCGUGGCGAGUUUUCAGAUUUAUGAGCCUUGUCUAAUCAUCAGACCAAUGAGGGUGUGUCUAACUACCAAUGAAUGAAAAUCAGAGGAAUCGUCAAGUAACUAAUUAUUGAUGGCCCAUCGAAUUCUGUCGCAACAUGGUUGUAUCACAAACAGUACUGCAACUCUCACAGUACAUUUAUGUGUCAUCCUGUCCCAAUCCUCCCCAUAUCCAAUGUGAUUAUUUAAAAAGGGCUGUCCAAGUAUAACAUAUUCCCACUCUGAAGCUGCACACAGCUGACUCUAUGAUGGGGGCGACAGUGGAGCAAUUCAACUGUGCAAAGAGUCAGAUGGGCACGUUGAAGAAAGACCCUGGCAAUGAGGCCAAGCUGAAAAUCUAUGCUCUCUUCAAACAGGCUACUCAGGGACCCUGUAACACCCCCAAGCCAGGGAUGCUUGACUUUGUCGGCAAGGCCAAAUGGGAUGCCUGGAAGUCUCUGGGCUCUGUAUCUCAGGAAGAUGCCAGACAGCAGUAUGUGGACCUGAUUGAUUCUCUCCUCGCUCCUGAGGGACCUGUGGUAGCCGCACAGCCCACUGAGAGCGCUGCCACCUUUGACACACUGCUGGUCUCCACAGAGGACAACGUCACCACUAUCCGGUUCAAUAGGCCACAGAAGAAGAACGCCAUCAAUGUGGAGAUGUACAACGAGAUCAUCAAGGCUCUGGAGGAAUCUGGCAAAGAUGACUCUGUCAUUACUGUAAUCACAGGUAUUGGAGACUUCUACUGCAGUGGCAACGACCUGACAAACUUCACCAAAAUCCCUGAGGGCGGGAUGCAGCAGAUGGCAAAAGAUGGAGGCGAGUUGCUGAGGGAGUUUGUCAAAGCAUUCAUCGACUUCCCCAAGCCCCUGAUUGCAGUGAUCAACGGUCCGGCUGUGGGCGUGUCCGUCACUCUACUCGGCCUGUUCGAGGUGGUCUACGCCACAGAGAGGGCUACAUUCCACACCCCCUUCAGCCAGCUGGGACAGAGCCCCGAAGCCUGCUCCUCCUACACCUUCCCCAAAAUGAUGGGCAAUGCAAAGGCCAGUGAGAUGCUGCUGUUCAACAAGAAACUGACAGCCACUCAGGCGUGUGCCCAGGGCCUGGUUACCGAGGUCUUUCCCGACAGCAGCUUCCAAACCGAGGUGGCCACCAGACUGAAGGCCUAUGCCAAGCUUCCCAGGAAUUCCCUAACACUUUCCAAGCAGCUGAUCCGUGGGACAGAGAAGGAACGUCUCCACACUGUCAACGACCAGGAGGUGGAGCGCCUGGUGGAGCGCUGGCUCUCAGACGAGUGCAUGCAGGCCAUCAUGAGCUUCUUCCAGGCUAAGGCUAAGCUGUGAGGAGGUGAUCCUCCCCCUGCAGAGUCCCGCAGACAGAGUCCCACGGAGCCGAGCGCCUAGCCUGAGUCGUGUUCAUUAGGUACCAAGCAGAAGAAAAAUCUGACUUACAGGGAGUGACUACUACUACCUGUUCUUAGAAAAAACACACAUUUAUAUUUUUGAUUGAUUUUUUUUAAUGUAUUCCAUUGCGUGCCCUAAUGAGCAUUACCCACAUUACACCAGCCUUAAUCAGAUGCCUUAUUUUCUACUGUUUUAUCGGAUUGGCUGUGUAAAUUAAUGAUAAUAAUACACAAAAACCUAUUAUGUACAUUUGACCGUUGAUCUGGUUGGUUUUGCAUUAUCUUAUCUGGGCAUUCCCUGUUUUGAAACACCUUUGAGGGAAUAUAACUUACAUGGACUUAAGCUACCAAGGGGUGUGUAUUGUAAAUUGAAGGUGGGUGGUGCCUUAGUCCAGAUUGCCUUCGGACUGAACCAAGGCUUUGGAAUACCUUCCAAGAGGAAGUGUCUUGUGGUUUUAUAUGCACAAAAAAAUCAUUGUUUCACACGUCCAACUAUAUCUGUCUGAAAAUAAAUCUAUUUCUGCAAUCAAACAAA